UUUUAUUAUAUAAUUAAAACUAAAAACUAAAAAGAAAAACUAAAAACUGAAAAAAAAAAGAAAUAGAAUCCAAAAUCCAUAGGACCAAAGGAAAUGCCAUUGGAGGGGUAUGAGUGUGUGUGUCACUGCAUAGCAAGAGAGAGAGAGAAGAGAGAGAAGAGAGAGAAACAGCACAGAACUACACAGCUCCGAAAUUGAAGGGAGCGAAAUUUUGUUAUGCGUUGUCGUUUGGAUUGCGUAGAUCUGGACGGUUUGAGGUUCUCCUAAAAGCUCAACUGAAGAGAGAAGGAAGGAAGAAAUUCGCUUUAGAUGAAGAACAAAAUGAACAAGUGUCUACUGGUCUUGAGUUUGUGAUAGUGUGUACUCUCCACUAUGGACAGUGGUGCUCAUGGUAAAUAUUGCUGUGUUGAAGGAUCCACAUAUUGCAGUCAAUACUUCUUGGAUACAUGGGAGUGUUUGUUAAGGUCAAAAUAUGUUGCGACUUGCAAACAAUGAUAUCUAUAGUUGGUUGAGGGAGGAUCUCUAUAAUGUAACGCUCCAUGAUCAAACAAAAUAUAAAUGACAAAUGUAUCAUCAAAAGAGUGUCCCUAGUUCAAGUUUAAUCGGAAGCAAUUCAUUGGUUCAUGGUAGUAGCACAAUGGAUCCUGGCAAUGGAGACAAUCUUUCCAACAACCCUAAUCUCGCCUCAAAGCAACGUUUACGGUGGACACAUGAGCUACAUGAGCGCUUUGUUGAUGCUGUGGCACAACUUGGUGGACCAGAUCGCGCUACACCGAAAGGUGUCCUUAGAGUUAUGGGUGUGCAAGGCUUAACAAUCUACCAUGUGAAAAGUCAUUUACAGAAAUAUCGUCUAGCAAAGUACCUACCUGAUUCCUCGUCUGAUGAAGGAAAGAAAACUGACAAGAAAGAAGCAGGGGAUAUGCUUUCCAAUCUAGAUGGUUCACCUGGGAUGCAAAUUACUGAAGCAUUAAAGCUUCAAAUGGAGGUGCAGAAACGCCUACAUGAACAAUUGGAGGUUCAGAGGCAGCUACAAUUGAGGAUAGAAGCCCAGGGUAAAUACUUAAAAAAGAUAAUUGAAGAGCAACAACGGCUCAGUGGGGUUCUUUCAGAUGUACCCGGCUCUGGGAUUGCUGGGCAAGUUCCAGAAGAUACCUGCCCAGAUCCUGAUAACAAGACUGAUCCGGCAACUCCUGAUCCGGAGAAAGCAGCCAAAGAACGUGCCCCAGCAAAGAGUCUUUCAAAUGAAUCUUUUUCGUCUCACCACGAACCAUUGACGCCAGAUUCUGGUUCCCCUGCUGACAGCCCCAAAGGGGAGAGAUCAACCAAGAGGCAAAAAGUAAGUGUGGAGGCAACAUUUUCCAAACCGGAUAUGGUGCUCCCGCAUCAGAUACUGGAGUCGAGCAUGUCGUCGUACCAGCAAUCAAGCACCGUUUUCCUUACACAAGAUCAAUUUGAUCCAUCAUUGGGUAUGUCUGCUAGAAAUAGUGAGGAAUUGGAGAAGGUUGGUAGUGGCAGUAACAUUUGAUUGGCUGUAAUGUGUAGUAGCUAGUGCACUAGGACUGACUCUGUCAACUUUCUAAGCUUAGUUUCUGUGUUAUAUUAUGUACUCCUUAGUGGAUGAAGGAACCUGUUCUUAACAGAUUCCUAAGGUCUAGUUUUCAGUUCAAUACUUACCAAAUACUAAGCCUUUUAAUUUCAUUUAGUGAGCUGAUUUGAA